CAUGUGACUAGGAUCCUUCGUUGGAUAAGAUAGGGAAGGAAACAAGACUAGGGAAAGAAAAGCGUUCCCCUCCGUGAGCUUCGGAGUGGAAUUUAUUUUUGUCUUCGUUCCGGAUAACACGACAGAAAAGGAGAAAGCUGGAUAUUUGGCUCGUUUUGCCUGGCAGAGAGCCGAGAACUCCCAGUGGAGAUCAUGGGUUGCUGUUACAGCAGCGAGACCGAGGCCACGGAGCAGGAUAGAGAUGAAAGGAAACCGCUGAUCCCCCAUCCAAACCCGGACAGCAAACCGUCCAAUGGAACAGAGCGAAACUGCGCCAGCCUGCCUUCGGCGCGAACAGACGAGCAAGCUCUCCUGUCGUCUAUCCUCACCAAGACAGCGCUGAAUAUAAUUGAUGUCUCGGCUGCAGACUCCCAAGGAAUGGAGCAGCAUGAGUACAUGGAUAAAGCACGGCAGUAUAGUACGAAACUGGCAGUGUUGAGUAAUACACUGUCACUGAAGAAACCCCCACCGCUUCCUGCCCUCACCAGUCAGCCCCAUCAGGUGCUUGCAGGUGAUCUCGUGCCAUAUUCAGACAUGCAGCAGGUUUCGAAGAUAGCGGCCUAUGCAUACAGUGCAAUUUCACAGAUCAAGGUGGAUGCAAAGGAAGAAUUGGUUGUCCAGUUUGCAAUCCCCUGAUCUGUUCCUUGCUACUUUUGUUUUUGUCCUCCCAGCAUCCUCUGCUGUCCCCUCCAUGUGCUCAAGUUAUCAGCACUGCCACUACAGGAGCAGCAACAGCUGAAGACUUGGAAACCAAACAUCCCGACUCUAUCAACUUGUACCUAACAUAAUAUGUCUGUUAAAUGAUAAAUAACCUGUCUCUCCCCCAGAAGCUUGCAUUGAAUUUUAGUGUUCAAAACACACUGAAGGCAUGUUAUUUUAAAAAAAGAAAUAUAUAAACCAGAACAUUCUUAAGAUCAGUUAAGGUUGAUAAUAAAAUAUUCUAGACAAGACUGUCCAACAGUCUCUGAAACUUAAUUGGUGUUAGAAUGUCACCUUGCCCUACACUAAUGUUGGUUUACUACCAUCUGUGUGGCAGUAACUGAAAAACGGCUUUGUUUCCGUGGUUUAACAUGCUAAGGUGCUGUUGGCGAAAGCCGACUGUUUCCCAGCGAGUGAAAGGCUUAGAAUCCAUCAAUGUAGUUUUCUGCCACUAACCAAUCGCAGAACUCGAUUCACACUACGGUCACAAUUCUGAUUUUUUGAGGGUGGGGGAGGACAGCAAACCUCGUCUCAGCCCAGCGUUGGGAGGAAAGUAAAAAGAUACUCAGAUUUUCUUCCCUUGUCUCCGUGGUUUACAGGCAUUGCGUACAAUUCUUCCAAAUGGUUAACCUAAUCAGUGACAGCUUACAGAAUGAAAUUGUAAAUAUGUUCUUGAUUCCUUAAAAGAAAAAUAGUGAAGGGCACUAUUGUGCCUUCUGUUUGGGAGUGUUUGAUUUGGAUGGUGCUUUUUGUGAAAGUGUCUGCUCAAAUCAAACUGUUGGAGGGCCCCAAAGUUCACACUCACGGUUUUAAUUUAAUAAAGAUUUUCACCUGGUCAAUUUUAUUUAGAGUAGAAUGAAUUUUAAAUAUGACAUUAUAAAAUGCAUUUCAGCAAGUACUAUGGUUUUCCAAUUGACUGGUAAUUAGGUAAUGCUGUUGUAAUUAUUUCUUUUUAUUUAUGCUGCUGUUUGGUUUGAGUGCAAGCAGAUACCUAGUGCAAAGGCAAACACAUUUGUGUGAUUUUUUAAAGGGAUUUACUGUGGGGCUGUGAACUUCGACAUUUUGCUUCUUGCCGUGUGCUAAUAUUUGUUUGUUAUUCAGUUGUCUCUUACCAUCUGAAUUGUUAACUUCAUAGGCUAGUACCAAAAACAAUUUCUGUUAAUAUCAUUUUUCAGUUUAAUUACCGUAUGUAUUAAAAUAUUUCAGAAACA